AUGUCUUCCUCCGCCUCAACCUCGAAACCUGUCGAAACCAAGGCCGUAGUAGCCGAGAAGCCCAAGGAGACACGUCAGGCACAGCUUGGUGUCCUCGAGGAAGACGACGAGUUUGAGGAGUUUCCUGCCGCCGAUUGGGACGAUGCACAGACCGAUCUUGCGCAUCUAGGAGGAACUGCGCCUGGCGCUGCGAAGAGUGGCGGCGAUAAACUUUGGGAGGACAACUGGGACGAUGAUGAUAUUGAGGAAGAGUUCAGCACUCAGCUCAGAAGCGAACUUGCCAAGACCAAUGGGUCGGGUGUGAUGGAACAUUAG